AUGCGCGGGGCUGGGACUGGGACCGGGAGCGCGGCGGUGGCGGUGGUGAUGUCGCUGCUGCUGCUGCUGCUCUCUCGGUCCCCGCCUGCCGCCGCUGGCGACGGCAGAAAGAGCGACUCCAGGCUGGUGUCAGAGCAGUUUUCCCAGGCCCCGCAGAAGCUGGCCUUCUACAGCUGGUACGGCAGCGCCCGGCUCUUCCACUUCCGUGUGCCCCCGGACACGGUGCUGCUGCGCUGGCUGCUGCAGGUCACCCAGGGCAGCGGCUCCACCUGCAACAACGUGGAGACCACCGUGUACUUCCGCUACGGCGCCCCUCCUGUGAUCAACCCACUGGGCACCAGCUUCGCCAACAGUACCUCCGUGCAGCCCUCCUUCCUCCUCAAAAUGCUGCAGGGCAACGCCUCCGUCAACGUCUCCUACCCAGCACCUGGGGACUGGUUUGUGGCCGCCCACCUGCCCCCCUCCUCCCAUAAGAUUGAGGUGAAGGACUUUAUUCCCACCUGUGCCUACAUCUUCCAGCCGGACAUGCUGGUUGUGCGAGUGGUUGAGAUGUCCAUCCUGGAACCUGACGUGCCCCUCCCACUGGUCCUCCUCUCCCAGCCCAGCUACCUCAAAGUCUUCGUCCCCAAGCACACCCAGGAGCUGCGGCUGGAGCUGCAGGGCUGUGUGUCCAAUGGGAGCCUGGGCUGCCCUGUGCACCUCACUGUGGGCUCGGCCACCCUGCCGGGAAACUUCCAGAAGGUGCUCACUUGUAGCGAUCCCACCAUGGCCUGCCGCCUGCUGCUGCCCUCACCACCCUGGGAACGGUGGCUGCAAGUGACAGCCAAGAGCCUGGCGGGGCCACGCGUGUUGGUGACGUUUAGUGCUGUGGCUGCCCUCACAGCCUGCAGACCGUGGACUGUGAACCUCCAGCACCCUCUGCAGAGCAGCCCGAACCAGAGCAGGAACGCCUCCACGGGCCCACCGCCCCCGAGCCCCAACACCCAGGACCUGGACCAGAGCGGCGAGGCGGGCAGCGGCCCCUUUUGCCUCAGGAGCUUCCCCGUCCUGCGGGAAGACAUGGACGUGGUGUCCGUGCGCUUCCGGCCCCUGGACAGGGUCUCGGUGCUCGUGCAGUCGGACAUGCCCUCGGUGAUGCAACUGUACCUCAACACAGGCAUGGACAGUGGGGGCUCCCUCAGCAUCUCCGUGAACAUCAACCAGACCGUGAUUGCUGACAACACCUCGAUGGUGGCCUGUGUGACCGCCGGCUCGCCCUUCCUCAGCUUCAACACUUCGCUCAACUGCACCACAGCCUUCUUCCAGGGCUACCCCCUGUCCCUGAGUGCCUCAUCUCCCACGGCCAACCUCAGCAUCCCCUACCCAGAGACAGACAACUGGUACCUCUCCUUGCAGGUCCUCUGCCCCGAGAGGCCUGAGGAGUGUGUGCAGGCCUCGGUCCUCGUGGACACCACCUUGUACUUGGUGCCUUGCCUGAACGACUGCGGACCCUACGGCCAGUGCCUUCUGCUGCGUAGACACGGCUACCUGUAUGCAGGCUGCAGCUGCAGGGCAGGCUGGCGUGGAUGGAGCUGCACAGACAACAGCACAGCCCAGACUGUGGCCCAGCAGAAGGUAGCCACCCUCCUGCUCACCCUGAGCAACCUCAUGUUCCUGGCCCCCAUUGCCAUCUCCGUGCAGCGCUUCCUCCUGCUGGAGGCCUCGGUCUACGCCUACACCAUGUUCUUCUCCACGUUCUACCACGCCUGCGAUCAGCCCGGCGAUGCUGUGCUCUGCAUCCUCAACUACGACACGCUGCAGUAUUGCGACUUCCUGGGCUCUGGAGUGUCCAUCUGGGUCACCGUCCUCUGCAUGGCCCGGCUGAAGGCGUCCCUGAAAUACGUCCUCUUUAUGCUGGGCACUCUGAUCUUCGCCAUGUCCUUGCAGCUGGACCGCAGGGCCGCCUGGAACACGAUGGGGCCCUGCCUCUUUGCCAUCGUGGUCAUGGUUACCAUGUGGGUGUACCGCUGCGGGCGCCGGCGGCACUGCUACCCCCCCUCCUGGCAGCGCUGGGUCUUCUACCUCCUGCCCGGCUUUUCCCUGGCUGCCCUGGCCCUCACCAUCUACACUUCCAUGAUGACCAGCGAAAACUAUUACUACACCCACAGCAUCUGGCACAUGCUGCUGGCAGGGAGCGCAGCCUUCUUGCUGCCGCCAAGGGAGCAGCACACCGAGCCCUGGGCCUGCGCCCAGAAGCUCACCUGCCACUAUGAAAUCUGCAAGAACCACCGGGAUGAGCUGUACACAGUGACGUGA